UCCCACACCUGUCUCGCGGAAUGUCCAUCACCAGAAGAAGGAGCGUGAAACCACGCGCUUUUGGCGCGAGUGGGGAAGAAGCUGCAGUAAUGAAGUUUGCAGAGUUGCAGUCCAGCACCAGCCUACUCGUCGCCCCCACUGUGGUGCCCAUGCAAAAAUCCAUUCACAACCGAACCCACCAAACUCUGUCUCUUCCCCCUCAAAUCUCAGCGCCUAAAACUCCAUUGAUUCAUCUUAAAUUUCUUCUUCUAAUUUUUUUAUUUUUAUGGAAAGCUCUUUUUGAUGUUGUUUUUUACUCGAGUUCCUGCUUUAAUCAACCACGCGCCACGCCCAGAUUUACACAUGACUUGUCUUCAGCAGGCAUUGGUUCUCGAAGAAGAGCAAUGUUUGUGAAAUCUUAGCAGUUGGUUGAGAGAUGGCUGGAGAUGCGUUUCUGAUCCCGGUGGAAUCUCAGGCUUCGGUGAAGAAGAAGACGAAGAAGAAGACUGUAAUUUCCAGGAGCUGGGUUUCGCUGGACCAUGAAGGGAGGAGUACUGUUUUGGACGUCGAUAAGUAUGCGAUUAUGCAAAGGGUUCAGAUUCAUGCCAGAGAUCUUCGGCUUCUUGAUCCUCUCUUAUCGUAUCCUUCCACUAUCUUGGGCAGAGAAAGAGUGAUUGUUCUCAAUUUGGAGCACAUCAAGUCAAUUAUCACGGCAGACGAGGUGCUGCUUAGAGAUCCAAUGGAUGAAAAUGUAGUUCCAAUCGUUGAAGAACUGCAGAGACGGUUGCCUUCUACAAGUUCCAUUUACCAAGGACAAGGUGAAGAAGAAGAGCCCCCUACCACCCAGAAUGAGUUGGCUGAAAAUGAGUUUCCAUUUGAGUUCCGUGCCUUGGAGGUUGCACUAGAAGCAAUUUGUAGUUUUCUUGAUGCACGUACAAGAGAACUAGAGACUGAUACAUAUCCUGCUUUAGAUGAACUGACCUCCAAGAUUAGCAGUCGUAACUUGGACCGAGUGCGCAAACUGAAGAGUGCAAUGACAAGGUUGACCAAUCGGGUGCAAAAGGUUAGGGAUGAACUUGAACAACUUCUGGAUGAUGACGACGAUAUGGCGGAACUUUACUUGUCACGAAAAGUAGCCGGAAUGUACACCCCUGAAAGUGGCUCCGGGACUCCAAAUUGGUUACUUGCUUCUCCUAAAGACUAUUAUUCAAAGAUGUCAAAAACCAGUAGAGCAAGUUUAGCUACAAUCCGAGGAGAAAACGAUGUUGAGGAACUUGAAAUGCUACUCGAGGCUUAUUUUAUGCAGAUAGAAAGUACAUUAAACAAAUUAAUCACGCUUCGAGAGUACAUCGAUGACACAGAGGAUUACAUCAACAUUCAGCUUGACAACCACAGGAAUCAACUUAUUCAGCUAGAACUCUUUUUGAGCUCUGGGACUGUUUGUUUGUCUAUUUAUUCUUUAGUGACUGCAAUAUUUGGAAUGAAUAUCCCGUAUACCUGGAAGGAAGAUCAUGAACACGUAUUCAAAUGGGUGGUCAUCGUCACAGGAAUAGUUUGUGCAUCCAUUUACUUGACGCUAAGUUCGUAUGCACGGUACAAAGGUCUCGUUGAAUCUUGAACGCUAUGCUCAUAAAUUGUUUCCACGGUUUUGAGAAAUUAUGAACUCAACUCGAGUACAGAAUGAUUCUUGGAAGUCUGUUGGAGAGGAUAUGGAACAAGUUAUACCUCUAUGAUAUGUUAUUAGGAAAUUUAUAACUUGAUACCGAGUUGAGGUUUUCCAGGCAUAUAUUGUAUAUGGAAGCUAUAGCUUACCAUUUCUUGUUUUCCUUUUUGUAUUUUUUCAUGUACAAUUAUUAUUGGAAAAUGAAUAUCAAAUAAUUCUAAAUACGAUGUCUUUUUUCGUACUA